UGUCUCUGGAACAAGGGGGAGUAGGACUCUACCCUUGGCAAAUUCAAUGGUAGAGUAAAGGUUGAGAAUGGGAAGCUUGUCAUCAACAGGAAGCCCAUCACCAUCAGGAGAGAGAUCCCGCCAACAUCAAAUGGGGUGAUGCCAGUGCUGAGUAUGUCAUGGAGUCUACUACUGGCAUUUUCACCACCGUGGAAAAGGCUGGGGCCCACUUGAAGGGUGGGGACAAAAGGGUCAUCAUCUCAGCCCCUUGCUAAUGUCCCCAUGUUUGUGAUGGGUGUGAACCACAAGAAAUAUGAUAACUCACUCAAGAUUCUCAGCAAUGCAUCCUACACCAACAACAACUUAGCCACCCUGGCCAAGGUCAUUCAUGCCAACUUUGGUAUUGUGAAAGGUCUCAUGAACACAGUCCAUGUCAUCACUGACUCUCAGAAGACUGUAGAUGGCUCCACUGGGAAGCUACGGCAUGAUGGCCAUGGAGCAGCCCAGAACAUCAUUCUUGCAUCCAUUGGUGCUGCUAAGACUGGGGGCAAGGUAAUCCAAGAGCUGAAUAGGAAGUUCACUGGCAUGGCCUUCCAUGUUCCUACCCCUGACAUAUCUGUUGUGGAUCUGGCAUUCUGCCCGGAGAAACCUAUCAAGUAUGAUGGCAUCAAGAAGAUGGUAAAGCAAGCAUCUGAGGGCCCACUUAAGGGCAUCCUGGACUACACUGAGGAACAGGUGGUCUCCUAUGACUUCAACAGCAACUCCCACUCUUCCACCCUUGAUACUGGGGCUGGCAGUGCUUUCAAUUACAAUUGCAAAGCUCAUUCCCUGCUAUGACAAUACAUAUAGCUACAGCAACAGGGUGGUGGACCUCAUGGCAUACAUGGCCUCCAAGGACUAAGAAACAUUGGACCACCCACCACGACAAGGACACUGAGAGCAAGAGAAAGGCCCUCAGUUGUUGAAGAGUCCCUGUCUCAACUCGGCCCCCAACACUAGCAUUUCCCUCACGAUUUCCAUCCUAAACCCUCAUAAUAAGAGGAGGAGCCUAGAGAGCCCUCCCUACUCUUUUGAAUGCCAUCAGUAAAGGUCACUGCAAAUACCCCUACCCCAAAAUGAAUAAAUCAGAAUCCUCAAGCCAGGAAACAGAAUUCCUGUUUGUCUUCUGCUUCAAUUUCUGUCAGCAGGUUUCUGUUUGAGUUUGAGU